AUCGUUUGUGCCUUUUUUACGUAGAGCGAUGACAGAUGAUUCUCAUGUUCGUUUCUUGAAGUUACAUUUCGUUCACAAGAACAUGUAUAGUCCCUGUUCUUUCGAAUAUGCAUCGAUAGCAACCUCUCCUUCAUGCGCAUAGACACGCAACAGCCUUCUGUAUCAUUUUUUGUAAAGUUUCUCGAGCUUCACGAUAAAAAUUUGAGCAGGACUUGGUCUCAUGCUUUCGUUUCGACAUACUUUCCCACAGAGUUGACUGAACAGAUAUCUCUAUGCAGAUGAAAGUGAAACUGCUGCAGUACACCUGGAUACUGGAAAAGCAAAGGGCAAAAAGCACCGUGGCAGUACUGAAACCGAAAGUGAGCAUCUUUGAGUGAGAAAUGCAAAGAGGGCUAAGAAGUUUGGAAUUCAAAAGCAAAAUAGCCACAAGAUUAAACAUCGAGAAAAAGAACAAAGGACGCAAAAGGAGGCUUCUACUUACCGCAAAGAGCACAAUGGCCUUGAAAUACUUAUACAGAAUGUAUCUCACCUCUCUUUUGGCUAGUUCUAGCACCUUAAUAAGUUCAGCUUUGAUCAUGUUUUCCUCCGAUGAUACCAAACAUAACAUAGGUCUACCCCAAUGACUAGAGAUCGGUCGCAAGAAUGAACAGACCGACAGAAAACAUUCCAAGAACUUCAAGUCAUAUCGAAUUUGGAUUCCUAGAAUAAUCGACACUCAUAUCGAAUCCAUCAGCACAUCAACAAACAAAAUGCUGUUGACGACGCCCUCGCUCGAUCGCGAUUGUAUGAUAAAACGAACUUUUACGAAGGAAGAAGUGGCGGACCUUGUCGCAAAAAAGCAACGGUGUUGGAAAGUAGUUGGCGAGAAAAUCUACGACGUCAGUAGGUAGUUCGCUAUUACGAUUUAGUAGAAAUAACUACUCGUCCUCGCCUCUUGAUGGUAUGCAGAAGUAUCUUUAUUGAAAUUCGGAAGCGAAAAAUUCUCUUCAUAUUAUGGAAUGCACUUCAAGUAGUAGAGACGCCCUGAAAAAAUCGAAGAAUGUAAUACAGUCACAGAUAGACAGCACAAUUACCCUGCACAGGUUUGUUGCAGAUGUGACGGAUGAGGAAUUACUGAGCAAUGGGGAGAACGAGAAGUAUAUUGUAGGCAUCCUAACUUCUGACGAUCGACGUGCUCAGGAGGAUGCUCGUAUUCGACGCAAGCAGCACCCCAUGGAUACGUUGCGGAAUAUCAUGUACAAGGAAAAGGUACUUUUAGUGUGCAGUUCGUUGUGAAAAAGAACUAUGACAAGCUAGGUUGAAGUUUGUCUGAAGUUUGAAGUUUGUUACAUUUUCUUUUGUACAAGCUAUUCUAACUUUUUCAGUGUGUCACACAACACUAGUGGAUAGACAAUGUGUGUCUAAGCAUCUCAUUCUUUCGCAAUCGCGACUCUCAGUCGGAGGAGGCCGCUUCCUCGACAUCAGCGCCUAGGUCGGAUUCAAGGGAGACCCAAUUGCCAGUGUUGUUACGUGAUAAUGCGCCGGUCGAGGACGAGGCAACGACGAAGUGUGAAGGAACCUUUUUAACGCAGGAUUCCCCAUUCAGUGAUACUUUUCUCACGCAGCUCUCGGCAGGUAGCGGAGCAGAGGCGAAGGAAAAGUCGUCAUUUAUGAUUGCUAGGCUUUGUACUUAUUGAUAGUACUACGAGUAGAUCACUCAGUAGAUGAUGAACAAACACAAAGUUUUGUGAUUCCUGCAUCGGGACUAUAGGACACACAACGACCGCAUCAAAGGAAAACGAAAAACAUCUGUUUAAUCUAGUACUUAUUUGCCACUUUUGUUUCUAAUCGCGGCAAGAUCCCGGUCGAUUGCGGCAUUUCGGGAAAGCCUGGGGUGGAUGACCCUGGAACGCCUAGUACAAUCGCGGCCUCCUCGAUGGCCUAUUCCAGUCUAUCCUCUUUGGCAAUGCCGUCUUUUGGUGGUAUUCCUUCGAUGUGCGCGAUGCCAUUAGGAAGCGCGCCUCCGAACUAUGCGGAGGCUAAUGCGAGUCGAUUCUGAAUCAGUUUAAUGUCCAUUUCUGCGUGGCAUCAAAAUCGGCGUGCCAUCAGAAGUCAGGGAUGCUACCUUAUCGAAGAGAUAAUCGGUUGGAGUCUAUUUCGAAGAAAUGUAAUUAGUAAACUGACACUAAAGUCAGUCGUUUGGGAAUAUAGUAGGAAUCAAUUUUGUGGACUAGAGGGUACGAAAUUUUUCAUGGGGGAUCAUACAGUGAGAGAUUCGAAGGUAGUUGAUCAGCAAGAGGGAGAAAUUUAGAGGAAGUCACUUUGUUUAGAGAUGAUUAGGCGGACUACUGCACAGGGAGUAACUUUUUGCACAUUCAUAAUAAUACUUAUUUCCAUUGGGCGGACAUAAAUGUGACACUUCUUUUCGACAGGCGCUAUUGGAGACUCAGAAUGCAAUUAUCAGACAAGAAGGUUAUCAUGAACUAGAACUUACUAGCUUUUUAUUAACACGCGCCUAGUACGGCAUGGGUCAUGAUGUUUCUUCAGUGGUGAGAUCAGCAUUACAUGUUCUCACGUCUUAUGUCAGUGAAAAACACAAACUUGAUGUCCACUUAGUGACGCCGUCUGCUAAACAUAAAGAAUUGGUCCGGUGUAGGUGAAAGCGGUGGUCAUGGACGGAAAAGGAUGGCUCACCAUUUUUUCAG